AUGUUGCCGUGGAAUCCACCCUCCUCCUUCUCGCUCGGGAACGAGCAACGCUUCGGCAACGACGCGAGCACCUCUCAACCGCAGCCCCCGUCCGCGCAACAAUCCCCUCAACAACAAGCUACUCCCCUCCCCCCUCCUCCGCCUCAACAACAACCCUACCCACCCAUGACUCUCGCAGCCGCGUUGCACUUUCUCCAAUCCGAGCAUAGGCGGUACGCGCGCGACAGGAACGAGUGGGAGAUUGAGCGCGCCGAGAUGAGGGCGAGGAUUGCGUUGCUUGAGGGCGAGAAAAGGGGAAAUGAGGGCGCGUUGAAGAGCUUGGGCAGGAGGUGCAAGAUGCUCGAGAUGGCGCUUAGGGGCGAAAGGUCGAAAUUCCUCUCCACGACGAACGCUCUCGCCGGUUCUUCCCCAUCCGUUUCUGGUACCGCCUCUCCCGUCCCGGGCGCCAUCCCCUCUCUCGCAAAGGAAGCGACCCUCGGCGCCUCCGCGAUCCCUCCUUCCAAGCUCGCCGCGCUGCAAAAAGAAGGCGGCGCCUCGUCCGCCCCGACUCCCGGUACUCCUACGAGCGAAGCGCCCAAGUCUGCCCCGAUGGCUGCCUCGACCAGUUCGCCCGGCCAGUCUUCCGGUGACGCUGCGCGUCUGCGCUCCGACUCCGCUUCAACCGGUACAGGCCCGACUGUCAACGGUUUCCAGACAGGCACCUGGUCCGGCGCCGCCGCCGCUGCAACCGCCUCAACCGCCGGCGGGCUGCGGGAUCCGCGUGGCAAGGCCCGGUCGCGCGAGUACCUCAAGCAGUGUCUCCAGGAGAUCACGUACCUCACUUCUUCUGCGACGCUCAACCCGCUGGCGGCGCACUCGUAUGCCGCGCCGAGCGUCCCGAGGCCCAGGAAGGUCUUGCCUGAUCAUGUCCCGACCUCUGGACCGGGCGUCUUGAACCUCGCGGGUGGAGCGCCCUCGUCUCUCCCGCCAGCGACGACGGGACCUACCAACCUCGCACCGACGGAACUCGAGCCGUUCGCGAACACGGCUAUCCCGCCUUCGACCGCCCCCGCGAUCCCCUCGACUCUCCCACCCCCUCCUCCGUCUCUCCCUCCUCUCGCCCCCGACGCGCCGAAACAAGAUCUUCUGACCUCUUUCCCCUCUGAUCCGCCUUCUGCCUUCGUCCCCCUCCGACGACAGAUCUCCCAGCCCGGCCAGCCAGGUCGAGGACGAGGCGCGCCUGUGACGACGAAGGACCACGACGAGCUUGACCGCGCGAUUGCGGAGAUGUCGAAGCGCGAGGAAAGCGUCAAGGCGAGUGACGAGGCGGUGGAGCAGCCGCAUGACCCGGUUGUUGCGGUCGAGGCGGAUGAGGCGCUCAAGGCGGAUGGUGUGAAGGCUGAGCCGCUUAUUGACGAGACCGCGGUCGUCAAUGCUGCGCCUGGAGCGGCGGCGGAGAAGGCGACCCCUGCGGCGGGUCAGGAAGCCGAGGCGGAACCUUCCGCUGCUACCUCAUCCGCCGGCAAGCACGAUGAGAUGCCGGUCGAGCAGCAGGCGACGCCCGAGGCGAACGAGGAGAAGCCUGAUGAUGCGGAUGUCAAGGUUGUCGAGUCGGCGCCACAUGAGGAGGCGGACGACCCGUUUGAGCCUGUUGGCGAGUCGAGCUUGCAGGGCGCGAAGGAUGAGGACAAGAGCGAAGAGAAGAAAGAGGGAGAGGUGGAGUCGGCUGAAGAAGCGCGCUCCCAAGACCUCGUCGGACGCGACAAGCGAUUCGGAACCGGCACCUUCAGUCGAGGUCGAGGAUCCCGCCCCGGACUCUUCAGCAGCUUCGGCGGGAGAGACGGCGACGGAGAAGGAGGACGCGGAUCGACCGAAGGAGGCGAAGGAGGAGGCGAACUGAGCGGGUCGGAGGGCUCGGCGGGAGGAUCGGGUGUGAGGGAGGAGGAAGAGGAGGAGGUGCCGACUGCUUACUUCAGGCCGGACGAGGGAUGGAAGGAGAAGCUUGCCCAGGCGGGGCGGAGGGCAUACGUCGCCUCGGCUGCGUCGCUGCGGGACGGAGGCGGAGGAGACGCCGAGUUGGACGGUCUCGACUGGGACCUGGAGGACGACGACUCGGGCGACUCGAGCGCGGCGAACGGUCGCUCUGCCAAGCCGAGGAAGGCGAAGCAGGCGAGCGAGGAGACUGUGGGCUUGAUGGGCGUCGACCGGUACAAAGCGCGUCGGGUCCUCAAGAGCCACCUCGAUGCGGUCAGGGCCGUUGCGUUCGUGCCUAGCGACGAUGGCGAGACUGACUUGGUUACCGGUGGAGACGACUGCGUGGUCAAGCUGUGGCGAGGCGUACUCGACCGCAAGAGCUCACGCUCCGACCUCGAGCCCGUCGUCACCUACCGCGGUCACACCGCUCCCGUCACCGCCUUGCUCGUCACUCGUGCGUCCGAGAAGUCAGAAGCCGUCGUCGUCUCGGCUUCGCUCGACUCGAACGUCCGUCUGUGGCGUCUCCCCGACCACUCGCGCUCGACGUACGACCCGGUCGACAGCGAAUUGCUGCUCGCCGUCUUCGAGACACACGGCGACGCCGUCUGGGGCCUCGCCGACCUCUCCGACUCGACGACGUCCCGCAUCGCCUGCAUCACGGCGAGUGGCGCCAUCCAGGAGUGGGAUCUUGAGACGGGCGUGAUGACCGCGAGUUACACCUGGGGCGAGCCAGAUGCCGCUUCGCAGGGAUCGCUCAAGAAGCGACUUCAGCAGCGCCCGACGCCCACGGCGAUCACAACAGCCGUUGUCGACGGCGAGCAGCUCCUAGCGGUUGCCUUUCAGAACGCGGUCGUCAAGCUGUUCCGACCGUCGUCCGGCGAGGAGGUCAAGCGCGUCGAUGCGAACGAAUCGUACAAUGGAACGAGCGACACUCAGAUCAACGCCAUCGCCGUCUGCUCGGACGCCGGCUUGAUCGCCACCGCUCACGAGGACAACCACCUUCGCGUCUUCGACCUCGCUUCGGGCGACUCCCUCGUCGCGACUCGCGCCCACCUCGACGGCGUCACCUCCGUUUCGUUCCGCCCGUCCUCAGCCGGCGACAGCCUCCUCGCAACUAGCUCUCACGAUGGCUCCGUCCGCCUCUGGUCCUUCAAUCGCGGCGCCGACGGUCCCGCGACUCUCACCUGCGUUCAAGAGGAGUCGACACACCGCGUCAAGGGCGCCGAAGGCGUUCUCGACGUUGCCUUCACGUCCGCCGGAGAUGCCCUCGUCUCGACUGGCGCUGACGGAACCGUCCGGGUCUGGCAGAAGUAG